AAUGAAGUUGUGGGAUCUGCCGAGGCUGGAUGCAUUAGUGACAAGUAGCUCCGAAGCAACUUUGAGUCUUCCUAGUCUGACUACCGUUAGCUUGCGCAACUGCCACAGUCUGAGAUAUCUCUUCACAUAUGAUACAUCGAGGACUCUUGUUAAACUUGAGAUGCUAGAUGUUUCUGAUUGCAAUAAAAUGCAGAAAGUAGUUGCCAUGGAAGAAAGUGAAGAGCGAAAUUUGAAGGCAAUGAAGUUCUCUCGUUUACAAACAUUGAAGCUUUGUUCCCUUAAGAGCUUGAUUAGUUUCAGCUUAGGAAGUUGUGCAUUUGAGUUUCCCUCCCUCACAAAUCUCUCAAUUUUGGAGUGCACUGAACUCAAGGCAUUCAUACUGAGGCUGCCAAUGCCAAGAGUAGAGACGACGAAUGAGGGAACUGCUGGUUCUGAUGAAAGUCCACCUUCUUUAUUUGACGAGAAGGUUCUUUUUCCAAGCUUGGAGGAAUUGAAGCUUUGGUCCAUGUGCCAACUAAAGAGGAUAUGGCACAAUCAACUCCACGGACAGUCCUUCUGCAAACUUGCUUCCCUCACUGUUAAACUUUGUGAAAAUUUGUCACAUGUUUUUCCAUCAAAUUCAAUGGACAUGUUGCAAAGCUUGAGUAAAAUUGAGGUGGUUGGAUGUCCCUCCUUGGAAGCAUUAUUUGAACCGGUAAGCCUCAGCUCUGAGGAAAGGCAAAAGCCAUUGGAACUCUCUGCAUUAAAAAAAAUGAAGCUGUUGAAUCUACCAAGGCUGACAGACAUUUUGAAGGGUGACUACGAAGUAACCUUGACAUUUCCUAGCUUGAUGGAAUUGAACGUAAGAAGUUGUCCUAGUUUGUCAUAUCUCUUCUCAAGUACCACGGCCAAAACUCUUCAUGAACUUGUAGUGCUUGAUAUUUCCUGUUGCAAUAAUCUACGAGGCAUCAUUGUGAUGGAAGAAGGAAAAGGGAAAAUUGCAGAGACAUUCGAGUUCCGUCAUUUAGCCAAACUCAAGCUUGGUGACCUUAAGAGUUUGAUUUGUUUUAGUUUAGAUAAUUGUGCUGGUGAUGGGUUAUAUCCUCUAUUUGAUGAGAAGCUUGCAUUUCCAAAGUUAGAAGAGCUACACAUCAAGGGAGUUCAACAAGAAGAACUAUGGAACAGUAAAAUCCUUAUGGAGUCCUUUUGCUGUCUAAAGGCCCUCCAGGUGAAGCAGUGUCACAACCUAGUGAAUGUGAUUCCUUCAUUCAUGUCAGAGAGGCUACUUCACUAUAUGGAGUCCUUGACAGUUGAGGAGUGCCCUCGUCUGAGAAACCUUUUUACAAUGUCUAUGGCAAAAAGUCUAGGACAACUCCAAUAUCUAGGUCUCAGUGGUUGUGGAGAGAUGGAGUACAUUGUCACCAAAGAAGAUCAGAAAUCGGAAGAAGCAACUGACAAAAUUGUAAUUCCUCAACUUGUCACUUUGUAUCUUCACAACAUGCCAAAACUUAGAAGUUUUUGCCAAGGGAAGCAUAUCUCAAAGUGGCCCUCCUUGAAAGAGUUUACUAUUGAAGAUUGUAAAGCUGUGAAUAUGAUUCUAGGAGAUGCCAGUUGUAGCGUUCCAAAACAUCAACCGCUUUUACUCGUCGAAAAGGUUGAGUUUCCUGCUAUGGAGUCGAUGGAGAUCUUGCACAUGGAUAACAUGGAGAAGAUAUGGCUUGAUGAUCUUGAUUCAAAUGCUUUUGGCAAACUCAAAACACUAGUAGUGGAGCAGUGUGAAAAGUUUUAUCCAUAUUUUCAUCUUAUAAUAUGCUCACGAGAUUUCAAAACCUAGAGAAGAUAAUUGUGACCGAUUGUGGAUCCUUAGAAGUAGUAUAUCAAGUCCAAGAGUUUGAAUUUAGCAAAGCUGGUUCUACAAAUUCUUUUCAAUUGGGAGAAAUAGUUUUGAUGAGGCUCCCAUAAAUGAAACACGUGUGGAAUGGACUUCCUCAAGGAGGUCUUACCUUUGGACGCUUACAACGCAUGAAGGUUGUUGAGUGUGAGAGUCUCAAAAGUUUAUUUCCAAGCUCGGUGGCAAAAAAUAUGACACAAUUCAAAGAACUUUUAGUAAUGGAUUAUGGGGUGGAGGAAAUUAUUGCGGAGAAAGACGGAGUAGGGAUGAGUGCAAGUGAUCUCUUCUUUCCGCAAUUAACCGACCUAAGAUUACUUGAGUUGCCGAAACUAGGGAGCUUCUGCCAGAAUAGUCAUACUCUAGCAUGGCCACUCUUGAAGCAAUUGCGAGUAAGACAUUGCGGCAAGAUGAGGUCGUUCCUAUUUGCUUGUGAAUUUCAAGGCUGCCAAGGUACAACUACCAACAAGAACCAAUCUGCACUCUUUUCUUUUGAAAAGGUCAUUUCUCACUUGGAGGGAUUGACAUUGACGAUGGAGGAUGUUAUGAUGAUGAUGCCGCAGCAUUACGUCUUUCACCAUCUCAAAGUGGUGUCUUUGGCAUGCUACCAUGAUGAAAAUGUCGCUUUUCCUUCCAACUUCCUUCUCCACAGAUUCCCCAAUCUAGAAACGCUUAACGUGAUAUGUAGUUCCUUGGAGGAGAUAUUUCCAGAAGAUUCGUCUGGACAUGAGGGAGCGAUUUCCUGUGGAGAACUAACUGACAUGGAAAAACCUCUCUUGGCACUGCAAAAUCUGAGGCGACUUGACCUGAUCAAGCUGUGUAACCUGAAGCGAGUUUGGAAGGAUGGCUCCUUGAUGGCUGAAAUUCUCAAACAGAUUGAAGUUCUUUGGGUUGUGGAGUGCCCGAGAUUACCAAUCGUACUUCCAUCCUCGAUUUCAUUCCAAAGAUUGACGAGUUUGGUAAUACGCGAUUGCGUUGGUUUAGUUCAUUUGGGGACUUGCUCAACAGUGACAAGUCUGGUGCACCUUACUCGGCUAAUACUAAUAAAUUGUGGUGCGAUGGAAGACGUGGUGACAGAUGAUGGAAAUGGAGUGAAGGAGAUCUCUUUCCCCAAGCUGCGAUGGUUGACACUUGACGGUUUAUCAAGCCUUGAGAGCUUCUCCACCACUAAUUGCACCUUUAGAUUCCCAUCGCUGGGGAGUCUCGUCGUCAUGAAGUGCCCCAAGAUGAAUAUAUUCUGCAAGGGUGCCUUGAGGACACCGAACCUAGAUAAAGUACUCCUCUCCUACGUGGGUGAUGAAUGGUGUUGGGAGGGUGACCUUAAUACCACCAUUCGAACCUUAUCGGCUUGAAAUGAUGCACUCCGAAUUUAGCAAGACAGGUAAAUCUGUGUGCCUAAUCAUGUUUGCCUGAAUCUAGUGUCAUAAGGAAGAAAUUUGCGUUCUUCGAAUUCUAUAUUGGCUCAUAUGAAGUCAGUCUUUAUGAAAAGAAAGUUCGACUAGGUUUUAAAGGAAUUGUCACACGAUUCGACAAUUAAGGUCAUUUGAGCACUUACUCACCCAUACAUUCUAGCUGUUCGAUGAAAUGCUUAGCAUGACCUCAGCUAGUGCAUCUUCGAAGAUUGUGAGGUUUCGUUAUAUGGGAAUGUAUUCUUACCCACCUCUCUGGUUAAUCUUGAGGAUUGUCAGUAGUUAGACAUGUCUUAUAGACAAUGUUUGUUUCUUUCAGGUGUCAUGCUCGCUACGAUCUAAGUGGCUGCUUUCAUUUGCUAGAAAGUGUCUCCUGUAGGAAGAUGUUGAAUGGAGCUUUUUGCAACGUGUUCACUGAUAGUGCUCUAAUUAUGGUGUUGAUGCUCCUUGAGAUGGCAUCUUUGUGCCGACAUGUGGUAUUCACGAUGGGCAUGUGCUGCAUUGAAUAUUUCAUUCUUUUUCUAGUUUGGAAUGUCCUCUGUAUGUCAUUUUCCUGAUAAUGGUACUGGUGUUGCAUAAUGGUUGGAAUGCGGGGGCUCUCUAUCCUUUAUCGAAUUGGUAUGAGUGUUGGCUUUUAGGCAGCAUCGUUUAACACCAAGUUGUUCUUUGGAGUUGGACUAUUUGGAUGACGACAACAGUGGCCAUACACUGACCAAAAGGGGAAGAAGUCCAAGAAUCCAAAUAAGCAUAUGUCCUCCUAGCAGUGGACCAUAGCCUACAUGGAGCCAUUCACACUAAAUGUUUUCAUCUCCAAGUGCCUCAUCUCGACUUCACUCACUCACAAGGUCACGUGCAAGUGGGUCGCUAUUGCAGGUACCAAUUCUAAGGAUAUCAGAGCUGUGCUCAGUCUCAAUCGGACAUACCAGAAUGUUUGGCCAUAGGCCGGGUUAGGUAGACCAGGUGAGGGAAGUUGAUGUGUGCAAGCUUCCUAUACUCCAAGAGAGAGGGACAAGUUUGAAGGUAAAACCAGGGCAGUAGUUUAAUCUCUGAUUGACAGUGGCAUUGAUAUUACAAUUUAUCUUUACUGAUUUUCCUUCCUUCAGCACGAUCUUGUUAAUGUGCACUACUCCUAAUAGGAAGAUACUGACAUCUUUGACAUUGUUUUGAGAAUAUGCAAGAUGUAAUGUUGUUUCUUUUACUGGUUAUAUGUAGAUAAUAGUGACUGUAUGUUUGGCAGUAGGGGGAUCCAGAUUUUGUUUUGGUUUUGUCCAAAAAUUUACCUUGAUCUUGGAUGAGCAUUGUGGUGGAUAUCAUAGCUUCAUAUAUAUUUCUCCAAUUUUACA